CCCGAUGAUGGAUGCCGGAUCAGAUGUCACCUUCAGGUGGACGGUGGACGAUAAGCCCUCCUUCACUUUCUACAACAACGUCUUCAAGGUUGUCUACCAAACGCCUGCUGUGUACAAGUUGUCGCUCACGGCCUCCAAUCACGUCAGCAACGUCACUGUCGACUACAACAUUACCGUGGAGAAGCAUUUUAACAGUGGGGAUGAAGGAUCUGCGGUCUCUUGAGAUCCCCCUCAGCUGGUCCCCUUCAGAACAGGCACUGUGGGACCUUGUCUCGCUGUGGUUUCCAGUGCGGACCUCUGCCAUGUAGACAUCACGCUUCUUUUGUGGGACUUUGGUGAUGGCGAACAGGUUGCUUUCCAGUUCAUGCCUCCUUAUAACGAGUCUUUCCUUAUGCCAGAUCCCAGUGUGCACCAGGUGGUGAUUGCUCAGAACGUGUCGCACGUCUAUCAAGAACCAGGCGAAUAUACCCUGGUGGUUUCUGUGGUCAACGAGUUUGAGAACCUGACCUAUUCCACUGCUGUCCACAUCUACACUUAUCUGCUGGAUGUGUCCUUGGAAGCAAACACAGAUGUUCUGGUUGCGGGUCGCCCUGUCACUUUUGAAGCCUACCCAAUUCCCUCUGGCUUUGGAGUCUCCUACACUUGGGAUUUUGGAGACGGCUGCACGGUGUUUGUGGAAAGCCAGCCGACCAUUGUCCACAGCUACGGCCAUAAAGGGAUAUACAACGUUAGCUUGCGAGCCAACAAUAGCAUCAGUGCUGUAGAGGUGUUCGAGUUGUACCGCAUCUUUGAAGAGAUCAGCGGGCUGCAGGUCACCGUGAACGAGGCAGUGGAGAUCCGCACGCCGGUUGAGAUCAACGCUUCUGUGGAGACGGGAGAUAAUGUCACGUGGAUAUUUGAUAUGGGUGACGGGACCAAGCUGGAGAGUUCUGUGGGCUCUGUGAAACACAGCUAUUUAGAGGGGGUCAACUGCACCAUCAACGUGACAGCAGUGAAUCCGGUCAACUCCGUUUCCCAAACAGUGUCUAUCCAGAUAUUUGUCCUGAUGGUUCUCAAGAUUGAACCUUCCUCUUGUAUCCUGGAGCACCCUGAAGUACAGCUCACUGCUUACGUCUCGGGGGAUCCUGCCAACUACAUUUUUGACUGGACCUUUGGGGAUGGCUCUUCCAAUGUGACAGUAGGUGGGGACCCUACAGUGAUACACAACUUUACUCGCAGUGGUGUCUUCUCGCUCUCUUUGGUCCUCUCAAGCAAGGUCAACAAAGCACACUAUUACACCGUAGUGUGUGUGGAGCCAGAGAUAACCAACGUCACACUGUUCAGUCCACCGUUUGUUAUGCUGGGCAAUGAGAGCCGGUUCCAGGUCAUGGCCUUGCCGCCUUACAACUACCGUUACUUUUGGGACUUCGGGGCCAACGACUCAGCUCGGUUUGGUGGGACAGAAGCCAGCUACACAUAUAAAACCCCAGGGAACUAUUUAGUCACGGUAACCGUGUCCAAUAAUGUGUCUUUCAACAACGACACGGCCAUUGUGAAAGUUUUGGAGCCUGUCGGGGUAGCCAAGAUUGAGUCGAAUGGGUCAAAGGUUUUGGAACUGAACCAGAUCUAUCUGUUCUCCGCCAACGUCAGUGGGACCAAAGUGAACUACUUGUGGGAAUUUGGGGAUGGCACCAGCCAGCUGGGACAAUUCAUUACCCACUCAUACAACAAAACUGGCGUUUAUACGAUUAGCCUGAGAGCCUGGAAUGAGGUGAGUCACACUGAAGCGAGAUUCAACGUGACGGUGAAAAGGCGUCUCCAAGGGCUGGCCAUCAAUGCCAGCAAGACCAUCGUCCCGCUCAACGGAUCUGUGAGCUUCGUGGCCACCUUACUCACCGGCACAGCCAUGCGGUACUCUUGGAUCUUGUGCGACAGGUGCACCCCCAUCCCGGGAACCUCCACCAUCUCAUACACGUUCCGCUCAGUCGGAACCUUCAACGUUAUCGUCACAGCAGAGAACGAGAUCGGGUCUUUGCAAGACAGCAUCUUCAUCUAUGUCUUGCAGCAGAUCGAAGGGCUGCAGGUGACUGGCAGCGACCUCCUGGAGGACACCUUCUUCCCCACCAACAGGACGCUUCAUCUGCAGGCGGUGGUGAGAGAAGGGACCAACAUCUCCUACAGCUGGUCAGCCCUGAAAGAAGGCUAUGCUGGGCAGACGUUAACAGGGAGGACCUUCUCCUUACUCGUUACGGAAGCCGGAGUCUAUGUUAUCCACGUGAAAGCCACGAACAUGCUGGGGAGUCUAGCUGUGAACAAGACAGUGGAGUUCAUUGAGCAGAUCGGCGUCUUGAAGACCGUUGCGUCUCCUAACCCUGUGGCAAUCAAUGUUUCCAUUAACAUAAGCGCCAGCGUCACUGCAGGGACCGGCCUGGCGUAUACAUGGUUCCUGGAGGAUAACGUCACUCUUCUCACUGCCAGCCCUUUCGUCACCUAUUCUUUCCAAAGCCCUGGAGUCAAAGUAAUCAUGGUUACAGCAGAAAACAAAUUUGGUUCUGCCAACGCAACGCUUCUGGCAUUUGUCCAGGAGCCGGUAGUCGGCCUGAAGAUCCGGGCCGUCAAUAUAGACAGCAGUUAUGUCAAGUCUGGUUCUGUGGUGAACUUCUGUGGAGAAGUAGAAAGUGGAACUGAUGUAGCUUGGAAGUGGAAGAAACUAAACAGGACCUUAUCAGGCCAGAGAGUAGCUCUGGAGUUUUCCACGGCGGGCUUCUUCUCUGUCUGUCUGAACGCUUCCAACGAGGUCAGCUGGGAAGGGGCUUGCCACAACAUCACUGUGCAAGACGCAGUCCAGGGUCUACAACUCCGCAUGGACAAGGAAGUGGUAGAGCCUGGUGAAGAGGUCUCCUUUGUUAUUGAAAUGUCUUCUGGCUCUUCUGUGAGCUACGAGGUGAGCAUCGGCGGGGACCAGAGGGUGGCACUCAACACCUCCAGUUUCACCCACACGUUUGCCCAGGUUGGAGACUACAGCGUAAAGGUCACUGCAGAAAACCACGUCAGCGUGGCCCAGGUUGAAGUCCACAUUGUGGUGCUGGAAUCCAUCUCCGGCUUGCGGGUGGUGGACUGUUGUGAACCAGGCACACCAACAGGGAUGGAGAGGCAUUUCACAGCUGAGAUUGAGAAGGGCUCCCGGGUGUCUUAUUUGUGGCACUUCUCCUUAGAGGAGGAGGAGGAGCUGGGGAAUUCCCAGGUAGUCCUGGAAGGCAAGAAUGUUUCUUAUACCCCAAAGGCUGCUGGGUUGUUAGAAAUCCACCUCACCGCUUUCAAUGCUCUGGGCAGACAGAACGUAAGUGUAGUGAUCCAAGUUCAGGAUCCGAUCAUGACAUUUUCUCUCAAGCCAAUCGAUCCAUUUGCCAACCGGACGGCAUUGUUUGAAGCACUGGUGUUCCCCAGCGCGAGUCAGGUCGUGUUUUGGUGGCAAUUUGGUGAUGGUUCUCCAGCACAGAAGAGCUUUGUGGCACUCGCCAGCCACACCUAUCUGAGACCGGGGGAUUACCUGGUGGAGGUGAAUGCCACCAACCUCAUCAGCUUUGCCAUCGCUCACCUGACAGUCACGGUCCGGGUGCUGGAGUGUGAGGAACCGGAGGCGGAGCUGGUCUUGCCGGCACAGGUGGUCAUGAAACGGUCACAGAAGAAUUACCUGGAAGCGCAAAUCGACCUGCGCGGGUGCUUCAGGUACCAGACGGAAUACUUGUGGGAGAUUUACCGAACCUCCAGCUGUCUGCAGCUGAGCGGCACCAACAAAGUCUACUUGCCUGCUGUGGAUGUGAGCCGGCCCCAGCUGGUCAUCCCCAAGCUUGCCUUGGACCUUGGGAACUACUGCUUCAAAUUCCUGGUCUCUUUUGGAGACACGCCCUUGGCCAAGAGCAUUUUCGCCAACGUGACUGUCGUCCCCAACAAGCUGGUACCUAUCAUAGAUGGGGGUUCCUACCGCGUGUGGUCCAGUACCCAAGACUUAAUCUUGGAUGGUGAGAAAUCCUACGAUCCUAACCUUGAAGACUGGGAGCAGACACCGUUAGACUACCGAUGGACUUGCGUGUCGUCCACCAAGAGCUCUUCGGGAGGGUGUGCUCUGAACCUCGGCGCCACCGGAGGAGUGGUCACCAUUUCCCGAGCCCUAUUGGAAACAGAUGUAGAAUACACGUUCGACCUCACAGUCUGGAAAACACAGAUGAACCCUGAAGCCACCAAUCAAACAGUGUUGAUCAAGAAAGGGACGGUCCCUAUCGUGGCCCUGGAGUGCAUCUCGUGCAAAGCUCAGUCUGUCUAUGAAGUCAGCCGGAGUUCCUACGUGUACUUGGAGGGGACCUGCUUAAACUGCCAAAAUAAUUCCAAAAUGGGGCGGUGGGCGGCCCACAGCUUCAAAAACAAGACCCUCGUCUUGGACAAAACCACCACCUCAACAGGAAACGUGGGAAUGAACCUGGUCUUGAGGCCGGGGGCUUUGAGGGACGGCAUGGGAUAUACCUUCACCUUCCACAUCACCGAUCUGGGAAUGGGAGAAGAGGGCUAUGCCUCCAUAGACCUGUUUCCAAACCAGCCGCCUUUUGGGGGGUUCUGCCGGCUGUCUCCCCUGGGCCGUGUCCAAGCACUGACAGCAAAGGUUCACUUCGAGUGUACAGGCUGGAGGGACAAUGAGGACGAAGAUACGCCCUUGGUGUACAUGCUCCUGGCCACGCGCUGCCAGACAAGCCACUGCGAGGAGUUCUGGGUGUACAAAGGGAGCCAUUCUGAGCACGCCGCCUUCCUGCCGCCAGGGUUCCAGGAAGGUGCCUUCCUGGUGCACAUCUCGGUGCUGGUACAGGACCAGCUGGGAGCAACUGUGGUAGCUCUCAACAGCACCAUGGCCAUCACCCUGCCCAGCACGCCCGAUGGAUUCCACGGCCUCCCUCACUGGCUUUAUAACCAGACCGAUGUGACCCUCCAGGGCUUGGUCAAGCAGAGUGACCCUCAACAGGUCAUUGAGUAUUCGCUGGCUCUCAUCACCAUCUUGAAUGAGUACGAGCGCAUCAUGCAUUCGGAAGGCAGAGAUGAAGAUGAAGACUUCCGUGCCUGGACACGGAGGAACAUCACGAAGACUCUGAUCUCCAUGAAAGUGAACACCGUGGACGACAUUCAGCAAAUCACGGCCGCUCUGGCACAGUGCACGGUGGCCAACAAGGAGUUCGUGUGCCAUGCUUGCUUGACGGAGACCCUGAAGAAGCUGGAGAACAUGCUGUCGAUCCUUCAGGGAGAGACCCUCCAAGGGACCAUGACCCCAACAUCCAUUGCAGACAAUAUCCUCAGCAUCAUGGGGGACUUGAUCCACCUGGUCAACACGGUGCCACAGCCAUCGAAGUCACAGGGACUGAACAGUGGCCAGAACCACAUGCAGGUGGCCUCCAAGGCGUAUGCCCUCUCCACCGACUUGAUGCGCAUCCUGAUGAAAUCCCGUGUCCUCAACGAAGAGCCGCUGGAGCUGGCGGGGAGCGACAUCAUGGCCAAGGGCAAGCGUUCGGACCCGUUUAGCCUGCUGUGCUACGAAGACAGCCCCAGCUGCCGGUUCUCCAUCCCCCCAGCUUUCAACACAACCUUCUCCGACCUGACCGACGUGGUCCAGGUCAUGAUCCGCGUGGAUUACAACCCUUUCCCUUUUGGCCACAUCCCAAACUACACCGUAUCCUCCGAAGUGGCUUCGAUGGAGUUCCAGAGCAACAACGGCACUGAAAUCCCUAUUGGGAGCCUGAAUAAGGAGAAGGCCAUCACAGUGAUGGUGUCUGACCCUGCAGCCAAAAAUAUUACUGUGGGGACAGUCAUGGUAGAGGAAAGGAAGUCAGUGAACGUGGUGCUCACGACCGAGAACGGCAACAGAGAAGCGGGGUUAUAUUUCCAGGUCACCUUCAGCGUCUUAAAAGAUCGUUACGUCUCCCACGAGCCAGAACCGUUCAUCGCUGUCUACCUGCACCACUCCCCUCGGCCGAAUGAGCACAACUGCACGGCAUCGAAGGAGAUCCGCCUGGAGGACAUGAGCCGGAUGGCCGAGGGAGACUCCCGGCGCUACACUUUCUUCAUCUCUCCUUUCACUGAUGACGCCGCAGGGGACUACUACUUGAACAUCACAAACCAUUUCCUGUGGUCCCCGGUGGAAGUGAGGCUGGGCCUGUACAGCUCUUUGUGCCAGUACUUCAGUGAGGAGGAGGAGCGCUGGAAAACGGAGGGCAUGGCUCCCUUGGAGGGGACCACACCUAACCAGGCCAUGUGCUUAACCCAACACCUGACAGCCUUUGGAGCGAGCCUCUUCGUCCCGCCGCAUUCUGUCCAGUUCAUACGGCCUCCUCCAGGUCCAGGGCUGAACUACAUCGUCCUGUUGACCUGCGCCAUCUGUUUUGUGACGUACUCGGUGGCCGCUGUGAUUGUGCACAAACUGGAUCUGAUUGACAUCAACCGAGUGGGGGUGAUCCCCUUCUGUGGGAAGAAUGGGCAGUUCAAGUACGAAAUCCUGGUGAAAACAGGCUGGGGCACGGGGUCAGGAACGACAGCCCACGUGGGGAUCACACUCUAUGGGAUGGACCAUAAAUCUGGGCACAGGCACCUGGACAGCGAGGAUGCCUUCCACCGCAACAGCCUCGACAUCUUCCAGAUUGCCACGGAGCAGAGUCUGGGCACCGUCUGGAAAAUCCGGAUCUGGCACGACAACAAAGGGCUCAGUCCCUCCUGGUACCUCCAACACAUCAUCAUCCGGGACCUGCAGACCAGCAAGAGCUUCCACUUCCUGGUGAACGACUGGCUGUCUGUGGAGAGAGAGGAGAACAACGGAGUAGUGGAGAGAGAGGUCUUUGCUGCCAGCGAGGCUGAUCUGAGGAGCUUCUUGCGGAUCUUUGUGAGCGAGCUACAGCGGGGUUUCUUCGAAAAGCACAUCUGGCUGUCUCUGUGGGAUCGCCCCCCACGCAGCCGCUUCACCCGUGUCCAGAGGGCCUCCUGCUGCUGCCUCCUUAUCUUCCUGUUCCUUUGCGCCAACACGGUGUGGUAUGGUGUUGUGGGAGACAUCAACUUCAGCAACGUGGCAGUUUCCACCCUGAUCCCAGUCAGCAGCGAAACGGUCACAGUUGGGCUGGUGUCCAGUUUGGUCGUCUACCCGCUCUACCUGGUCCUUCUGUUCCUCUUCCGGAUGGCACGAAGCAAGGUGUCUGUUAGCCAGUCCCUGACUCAUUCCGACCAGCAGUCCUUGGAGAUCGACAACUACCUGGACUCCUCGCUGCUGGAGAGUUCUUUCCUCAACUUCCCAGGGCUCCGGACGGAGGCCUUUUCAGAGCAAACAAAAACAGACGUGUUCCUGGAUGACUCCAAGAGUCUGAUCCGGUGGCAUUCCAACGAGGCUCUCCCCAACUGGCCAGAUCUCCUCAGCAAUCCCUCCAUCAUGGGCAACACCAUCCAGAAACUGAAGAGGGGGAGGACCAGCCGCCAUCUUGGCCUCGAAGCGCCUUUAGCCACAGAGGAGGACGGCUUGUCAGUUGGCUUGCCCCAAGCUCAGACCAGAUACUUCUCUGCUUCAGAUGAAGACCUGAUCAGGCAAAUCCUAGCCGAUGGAAUGAGCAGCAUGGAUGCAGGGCAGUAUACCAGGAUGGAAACUGACUUGAUCUCAGGGCUAUCCAGCAUGCUUGGGGAGAAGACAGAAGCCAUCAUGAUGCAGAGGCUGAACGUGGCGGCCCCCAGCAGGGAGCUGAAUUGCUCGGCCAAAUCAACGCGGACAGUGGCAGACCACGCCCUCCGGAAGCGCCUCCUGCCCUCCUGGUGCUUGUUCCUGGGCCACGGCCUCAGCCUCGCCCUCCUGGCCAUCUGCUUCGGGGUCUCUGCGUGGAUCGGCGUCUCGUUCACGUCCAGCGUGGCCCUCAUGUGGCUCAUCUCAGGGAUUUUUAGCUUCCUCUCUUCCUUCUUAUUCUGGGAACCCCUCAAGGUUCUCCUUGAGGCCCUUUACUUCUCCCUGGUGGCCAAGCGCUUGCACCCGGAGGAGGACGACACUCUGGUGGAGUACCCGCUGGUGGAGCACAUCUCUGAGAAGAUCGGCAAGGUCCGCCCCCCGCAGGGAUUUGCUCUUUUCCAGGCCAAGGAGGAAGCCAGGAAAGUGAAACUUUUGCACAGGAUGCUGAAGAACUUCCUCGUCUACAUGCUGUUCCUCUUGGCCACCCUCCUCACUAACUACGGCGACACCUCCUUCAACAGCCGGGCCUUCCUGCUGCAGAGCUCUGUCAAGCAACAGAUGUCCAGCGAUCAGUUCCUGCGCGUUAAGAGACCUGACGAGUUCUGGGCUUGGAUGUCACAGCGGCUUUUACCGUACCUGUACAACAACCAGUCCAGCUCGGGGAGCUGCAGCACCACCUUGGGAAGCCCGCAGCUGCGGCAAGUCCGCCUGCAGGAAGCCGGGAAGAAAUGCAUCGUCUGCUCCAACAGUUUUGACACUAGCAGUUACGCCGCCGGCUGGAAAAGUGGGUCGGACAACCUCACGCAACGCUGGAUCCAUUCGCCUCCAGAGUCCGCAGGAAUCUGGUUUUGGGGCUACCUCGCCUUCUACGACAGUGGGGGCUACGUCCAGGAGCUGGGGGCCACCUUGGAGGAAAGCAAAACCAGGCUGGACUUUCUCCAGCAGAACAACUGGAUCAAUAACAUGAGCCAAGCAGUCUUCAUAGAACUGACACAGUAUAACCCUGGCCUGGCUCUCUCCGCGGUCAUCACCUUGAGGCUGGAGUUCCCCAUGCCAGGACAUGCACUGCCAGCGGUCGCCAUUGGGUCCAUCCCGUUCCUUCCACGCAACGGAGGAGUUACAGUGCAGCUUCUCAUGAUGGUCAUCUUGAUGAUUGUGGUGGUCUACUUUGUGGUCUCCGAGUCGCUCUCCAUCAAGAAGGCCGGCAAGGCCUACUUUGCAUUGGCCAGCAGCUACAGCCAGUGGCUGCUCAUCCUCCUCACCAUCUGCACUGUGGGGGUGUACGUCAGCCAGGCCACUCUCGCAGGGAGGCAGUGGGCUACCUACCUCCAGAACAGGCACAGCUUCACCAGUUUCCACCAGGUGGCUUCCCUCAACAACGCCUUCCGCUGUCUGGCGGUGGCUCUGCUCUUCCUACUGACGGUCAAGGCUUCGCAGCAGCUGCGCUUCAUCCGGCAGUGGUCCAUGUUUGGGAGAACUCUACAGCGGUCGGCGAAAGAACUGUUUGCCGCAGGGCUGGCGUUUGGGAUCCUCACUGUUGCCUACGCACAGCUUGGCUUCCUGCUCUUCUCCUCCUGCUCGGAGUCCUUCCAUACUUUCUCCAGCUCCCUCCGGCUGCUUUUCACGGCACUUCGCAGCAGCAUCGACCUCCGCUUCUGCCUCCCUGAGCCGGUCGGGCUCUCUCACCUUUUCUGCGCCAGCUACGUUGUGCUGGAGCUGUGGGUGGCUCUGCGGCUGUUCGCCACGGUCCUCGUCCACCACUACCGGGAGACGCGCUUCGAGAUGUACCGGCCGGCCUUUGAGUCCCAGGACUACGAGAUGGUCGAACUCUUCAUCCGGAGGCUCAGGAUGUGGAUGGGGAUUAGCAAAGUCAAGGAGUAUCGCCACAAGGUGCGCUUCGAAGGGAUGGAACCGCUGCCCUCGCGCUCCUCCAGCCAGGACUCCCACUCCCUGCGAGGACCCACGCCCAGCGCAAUAUCCGACUGUGCUUCCACUUCCUCCAGCCAGCUGGACGGGCUCAGCCUGGCCCCCAGCGCCCGGGACAGCUCUGACGAUGGAGACAGCGAUGCCCAGCAUCUCCUCUCCCUCCUAGAGAUCCUGCUUGUGCAGUUUGAUCGGGUGAACAAGGCCACUGAAGAGGUCUAUCACAUUGAGCGCCGGCUGGAGGCAACGUGGGUUUGGUGGGCGAGGAAGAGGGGCACACAGAGAACAGAGCCACUGGGAAGCCAGCACCAUCCCACAUCCUCCAAUCCGGGAUUCGUCUCUCCUCAGAUGGAUCCCAGCAGCUGCCAGGUUCUGCCCCCUGGUCCACUGAGUCACUCAGUACCCCACAAAAUUGCCCAAGUCGGCCAGGGCAUUGGCGUGGCCUCCUCACUGCUGUCUCCACACAAGACAUACGCCUCGCUCAUGCCAGCAGCCCGGAAGAAGAAGAAAUCACUGCGGGGCAACAAUCGGGUCCACCCCAGUGGCAAAUAACAGCAGCCUUCCAGGUUAAAACGAGAACAUUGCGUGUGGCUCGCAACCAGUAGGCGGGCAAAUCCUGAAUCGCUGGGAGAGGCACCGUAGCUCUCUGGAAUUUCGCCUCUAUUCCUUUGGUGGGGUGGGUCCAGCCGGAAGGGCAAGUCGCCAAUCAGCUUGACGCUGAGGGACAUACAGAGAGAAAUAUGGCUUUUGCUUGGAUCCCUGACGGGUCCCACCAGGUGGCUCCUGUGGCUUGGAAGCCAGAAAGCUCAGUGUUACCGCUGCGCCCACAAGAGCGAAAGCACGGCUGACCAGCUGCGGGGAAAAAACGCCAGAGAGAACUGAUUGGCUGUGGGGCUGCUGUGUUCAACUCCACGCAGCGAUAGGAAAAAUUAUCAGAGCAACAGCAAAAAGAUCUAGCGGCGCAUUAACAAAGGAUCACGUCAGGUCCUUUCGUUUUCUUAAGGAACAGAAAAUGUUGCUGAUUUUUAUGCUACGUUAUUUUCUUGAAAUCUUUCGAAGGGCAAAAUGAACAACGGGGUUGAAGAACCCCCAGAGAUCUCCAGCGAUCCAGCGGGCUGAGCCCAGACAGGAUGCCAGGGAGGUCCGCUUUCUCUUGCUGCCUUUGUGGAUUCCACAGAGAAGAUGCACUUUGGAGGAAAAGCUCUGCAGAAUUUUCAAAGCACCAUCUAGCAUCUUCCUCCUCCAGGAUUUCACCUUAGCUAAUUUUAAAAAGAAAUUUAAAUGUACUGUCAGAUGGAGGCUUCCCCCCCCCCCCCCCCCCAAAGAAAGCACUCCAAACAUUGGGCUAAUGUGCAGGUCAAAACGUUAAUCCACCGUGCCUGAAGGCAGCCAAAGCCUGGAAAUUUGGGACUUUAUUCCAGAGUUGAUUUGGGGGUGGGGGUGGGGUUCUUGCUGGUUGGGCCUGGGUCCCAAGGGCUGGUCUUGCUGGGUUAACCCUCCAACCCGCUGUUCUCCUCCCACAGAACCUAACCGGCAGGCAAAGGGCUGUUGUAUAAUUUUAUAAUUCUAUAUAUUUGUGGGUGAGUGUGUAUAUAUAUUAGGUUUACAAUUUGCAUGUACUGCCUAGCACUUUAAUCGGCGCUUUCCUUCGCUAACGGUGACACAUGCAACUUCUAAAACAAGAGCAGGAUAAUAUAUCACAGAAGCAGUAUUGUGUUGUUGAGCAUAAAAUUCCUACAGGCCACUGGAAUAUGGCACCACAGAACUGUGGCUCGCUGCGUCCGCUUCCCCUGGCUGGCCCCGAGCACUCUUCCACGUUGGAAGUUUCAGAGGGCGGCCGUGCUGGUCGACAGAACAGUUUGAUUCGAGUCCAGUAGCACCUUACGAGACCGGCAAAGGUUUCAGGAUAUAAAGUUCUCAAAAGCCAAAACUCCCUUUCUCAGACUUCCCAAACCUCUCCCAGCCCCGCUUUAAAGCUCUGAGUGGUUAACCCAGGAGACCACAGCCGGGGCUUCUGGUAUAACACCGGUCUCCUGCAGGUCUUCUUUGCUUUGAAGGUGCAGCGCUUGUGUAGCUUGGGAGUCUAAGGAGCAAGAUUGCUCCUCCACCACUAAGGAGCAAGAUUUCUACUUUCCAAGUCGGCUUUACUCACUCCCCCUUAAACGAAUCCUUCCCUGGGGAGGUGCUGCUGGUCAGAACUCCCUCAGUAACUCCCACCAAACACCCCUUAUUCACCUCUCUUGCUAUGGGGGUGCCUUUCCUACCCCAUAAUCCUCCCGUCUGCAUAUUCCACUGGCCAGUUGAAUUUUAUGUAUAUUGUAAGUAAUUUAUAUGGGAUUUUUACAAGAAGAAAAUAAUGUAUAUUUUUGUAUAUUUGCUUUAUUUUUAUAGCGUUGGUACUUGUCGCUUGACAUGUAUAGAAAUGACUUAUUUAAAAAGAAGAAAAGAAAAAGGUGUGUGAAAGCUUUGCUGAAGUGAUUGUGGGUGUGUGGGUGUACGGAUUUGUGCCAAAGGAAACUGGGUGGGGGAAUUCUGGUCCCCCGUAUCUGCAGCAGGGGGCGGGAUCUCCUUGCAGUGCACUAACCAUAAUUUCUCCAGGCCUUGGCUAAGCCAGAAAAGACUGCGGAUAUCUGCUUGGGUUUCCACGUGUGGUUGCUGAGUGUCCAUCGUUAUUGGCUGGAGCCACAAAUCUGGAUUUCUUUGUAAAAGAGAUUUUGUUUUUAAAAAUGCCAUCUGUAUCCACCACCAGACAAGGGAAACGUGGUUCAAUUUGUCUUUUUAUAACGUUCCAUUAUUUAUAAGGGUGCUAUUUUUAAACAAAGACUUUUUUAUAUAUACUAUUCGAAGCUGCUUUAUCAUCAGGUACAAAACAAGAGAAAGGGGCUUUUGCUUCCUGCUCUGAUGGGACCAGGAAAUGUUGACGGGAGAUCAGAGGAGGUCGAGGGUGUCGAGUAAGGAGGUGCCAAACAGUAAUUGACAGGUUGUUAUUUGUGGGGGUGACCGUGCCGUGGCAGCAGAGAAGAGCGCAAAUAGGAAGCUGGCUCGGGCUGCACUUCUCCAUAUCUUAUAGCACAGAAGGGAAAAGAACAGGGGUUCAGAUUCUGGACCAGAGCGGGACUCAGCUAACGCAACUAGGUUGGACUUCAGAUUCUAUGCAGGGAACGCAUCCAACACCACACAGGCAACCGGUGACCCAGCAAGAGGUCUUGACUUGAACGAGAUAAACGGUUUUUUGCACUUGGCUUUUCUGCAAAAUUGAGAGUUCUCAGUUGGGUUUUGCUUUGGGUUCCCCCCCCCCCUUUUUUUGAACAGUGGGAUUUAUAAGGGUUAGCACAGUCGCAUCAGGGAAGCAGGUGCCUCUGCCCAUGAGGUGUGUGGGUAGCAAAAGUGGUGUGUUUGUGUCUGCUGGGCACUUUGUCUGAAAGGAGCAGAGCAAGGGAUGACGCAAAGGAGGCCGGGCCGCUCAGGACAGUGGCUCUUGAGCGUGGAGCUUGGUCCUCCCCCAUGGCUGGAUGCGGUCUUAUUUAUUAUUUCUGGAAGUCCCACCACGGAGGCCCGAAGAUUUGUGCUGCUUUACACAACCCUGGUGUCUCAGCCCCCACCCCAGCUUUAUUGGGAGCGGGGGCUGGCUUAGUAAUUUCUCCCUCUAGCAGUGGCAGAACUCCAUGAGCUUAAUGUUAAACAUCUGCAAACAAAAUAACCUGUUCUUCUGUAAUGGUGGGGAAUGUUUCCUUUAAAAGAAAAUGACAAAGUCAAAUAAAGAAAAUUGACGGCUAAA